UCCCAUUUCCCCAGAUAUUUGCUCUCCUCCCUCCACCUUAAAUACACUCCUCUCCACUCUCCUCACUCCUCACUCUUCACUCUCAUCUCCUCCUCCCCUUCCAAAUCUUCACACAAAAAAUCCUAAUCCCAAAUCUCUCUCCUACAAAAAUGGCAUCCAUGGCUUCCACACUCGCCGCCUCCUCCCUCUCCACCAAGCUCCACAAGCCAUCUCUCCUCGACACCUCCUCCUCCUUCCACGGCGCUCCCCUCGCCCGCGUCCAGCCCCUCAAGGCCGCCUCCUCCUCCAACGGCCACGGCCUCUCCGUCUCCAUGUCCGCCUCCACCAACGCCUACGAUCUCUCCAACUUCAAGUUCGAGCCUAUCAAGGAGUCCAUCGUCUCCCGCGAGAUGACCCGCCGCUACAUGACUGACAUGAUCACCUACGCUGACACCGACGUCGUCGUCGUCGGCGCCGGCUCUGCGGGGCUUUCCUGCGCGUACGAGCUCAGCAAGAACCCCGAUGUGCAGGUUGCGAUCAUUGAGCAGUCCGUCAGCCCCGGAGGCGGCGCGUGGCUCGGUGGCCAGCUCUUCUCCGCCAUGGUUGUGAGGAAACCAGCACAUCACUUCCUCAGUGAGUUGGGCAUUGACUACGACGAGAAGGAUGACUACGUCGUCAUCAAGCAUGCUGCCCUGUUCACCUCGACCAUCAUGAGCAAGCUCCUUGCUCGGCCCAAUGUGAAACUCUUCAACGCCGUAGCGGCUGAGGAUUUGAUCAUCAAGGGUGGGAGAGUUGGCGGUGUUGUCACCAACUGGUCCUUGGUCUCCCAAAACCAUGACACACAGUCAUGCAUGGACCCCAACGUUAUGGAAGCCAAGGUGGUGGUUAGCUCAUGCGGUCACGAUGGCCCCAUGGGAGCCACCGGUGUGAAGAGGUUGAGGAGUGUUGGAAUGAUUGACAGCGUGCCUGGGAUGAAGGCCUUGGACAUGAAUGCAGCUGAGGAUGCCAUUGUGAAGCUAACCAGGGAAAUCGUGCCUGGAAUGAUUGUUACUGGCAUGGAAGUUGCUGAGAUUGAUGGAUCUCCAAGAAUGGGACCUACAUUUGGAGCUAUGAUGAUCUCGGGGCAAAAGGCUGCCCACUUGGCACUCAAGGCACUAGGCCUUCCCAAUGCUCUUGAUGGAUCAUAUGUUGGAGGCAUCCAACCAGAGCUGAUCUUAGCUGCUGCAGAAUCUGCUUCUGAGAUUGCAGAUGCUUAAUUGUGCCGUUGUAGUAGAUGAUGAUGUUUCAAUAAAACUGGGGAAACAAAAUCGAGCAGGAACUAGUAGCGAUUAGGAGCAAGUAAAUGGUGGCCAGUGAUGAUGGUGUGUGGAUGUGACUGGUAAAUUUUGUUAAUAAUGUGGUUGUACUUGUGAUCACUCUGUUGGAAUGAAAAUCACAGCAUGUCUUGCUUUCUGUGGC